AAUGGGUAACGCGCAAUUCCGUGACACAAGGUCGCACAGUCUUUGUAUAGUAACGGCGAAGCAUUUCUUUGCCUCUCGUUAUUUUCACGUUAUGGAGCAUCCCGUACCUUUCGAAUCCGUUAAACGAGAAUAUCAUCCGCCUGAUUUUACAUCCUGCCAAUACGCAACAAGACCUAAUCCUUGUGCUCAUUGCUCACCUAAUUAUCAACCAUCUAUAUUAUAUUCGAUUCUUACGGGAAAUGCAACUAAAGUUGGAUACGACUGUAAUAAUCAGAUAGCAACUCAGCAGCAGCAACAGCAACAACAGCACCACCACCAGCAACAGCCCUAUCUUAAUAAUUACACUCCUUAUUACGGACACGAAAAUUUACCAUAA